ACAUUGGAUGCCAAGAAGACCCAGGUCACCGAGACCCCCUGCGCCCCGCCUUCUCCACGGUUAAAUGCCUCCCUCUCUGUCCAUCCAGAGAAAGAUGAAUUAAUCCUUUUCGGAGGUGAAUAUUUCAAUGGCCAAAAAACUUUUGUGUACAACGAUCUCUAUGUCUACAAUAUCAGGAAAAACACCUGGACCAAAGUGGACAUCCCUGGCCUGCCUCCGAGGCGCUGUGCUCACCAGGCUGUAGUGGUGCCUCAGGGCGGCGGGCAGCUGUGGGUCUUUGGAGGGGAGUUUGCCUCUCCUGAUGGGGAGCAGUUCUACCACUACAAGGAUCUCUGGGUCCUGCAUUUGGCCACCAGGACGUGGGAGCAAGUCAGAUCCUCGGGGGGGCCUUCUGGCAGGAGUGGACAUCGGAUGGUGGCCUGGAAGAGACAGCUAAUCCUUUUUGGUGGCUUCCACGAGAGUACAAGGGAUUACAUCUACUUCAACGACGUGUACGCGUUCAGUCUGGACUCGUUCUCCUGGAGCAAGUUGUCCCCGUCGGGCACCGGGCCCACGCCCCGGUCAGGCUGCCUGAUGAGCGUCACUCCGCAGGGCAGCGUCGCCGUCUACGGGGGCUACUCGAAGCAGAGUCCAAGAAGGACGUGGACAGAGGCCACCCAGCACGCAGACAUGUUCCUGCUCAAGUGUGACGAGGGAGAAGGCAAAUGGGUGUGGACACGGGUUAACCCCUCAGGGGUCAAGCCCACCCCCCGGUCUGGCUUUUCCGUGGCUGUAGCCCCGAAUCAGCAGACGCUGCUCUUUGGGGGUGUCUGUGAUGAGGAGGGAGAGAGCCUGGACGGCAUGUUCUUCAACGACCUGUACUUUUACGACGCCGCCAGGAACCGCUGGUUUGCAGGGCAGCUGAAGGGCCCCAAAGCGGAGAAGCAGCAGCGGAGGCGGGGCAGGGCGGACGCGUGCGCGCCCGGGCCAGCCCGCGCCCCGGAGCCCUUGGAGGUGGUGAAAGUGGUGGCCGAGGACGGGACCGUGGUGACCAUCAAGCAGGUGCUCGCGCCCCCCGCGCCCCCCGCCGAGGCCGAGGCCGAGGCCGGCGCUGCCGAGCCUGGCCGCCCCACAGCCGAGCCGUGUCCACGCUCCAGCGCCAUGCUGGCCGAGCACGGGCUGCUCUACGUCUACGGUGGCAUGUUCGAAGCCGGCGACCGGCAGGUGACCCUCAGCGACCUGCACUGCCUGGACCUCCACAAGAUGCAAGCGUGGAGGACCUUGGUGGAGAUGGAUCCAGGCCGGGGGCCCGCCGGCCGCCAUGCCGUCCCCGUCCCGGCGCAGGGCCGGGUGCAGCUCCGCGGCCCGGGGGCCGUCCGGCAGGCUCGGGGCGCCCGCCGUGCUGGGCGAGGGCGGAGUGGGGGCCGCAGCCUCAGCUCACGCGCCCGUUGCCUGUGCCCGGCAGACGCUCAGGAGUGCUGGAGGAGACGGACUCGGCGGAGGACAGCAGCUCGAGCGAGGACGCGGGAGGCGGGGGACGAGGACAGCGGGGGAGGACGGCGGGGGGAAGGUGAGUCGGGCCAGCGCGGCCUCGUCCUGUGGCACUGCGGUCGGGGGGCGGCGGCCCAGGGGUCCCAGGCGCUGCUGUGA